GAUGGCUGAGAUUCACAGAGAAAAAGAGGAGAAUAGACAACGGUGGGAGAAACAAAGAGAAGAAGAUCAGAGAAGGAGAGAUCAAGAGGAAGAGGAAAGAAGAAAGAAAGAAGAAGAAUGGAAGAAGAAACAGAAAGAAGAAAGAGAGAACUUUGAGAAAGAAAGAGAAGACAUGGAGAAGAAAGUAAGAGAAGAACUAAUGAAAUUACAGCAGGACUAUAAACAGAAGGCAGAAGAGGAGGAGAAAAGACGAAAGGAACUGGAAGAGAAAAUCCAGCAUGCGGAGGAAAGUAAAAAGAAGGAGCUACAAGAGCUGCAGUUAACUCAGCAGAGAGAGUGGAUAAAGAGGAUGGAUGAGGAGGAGAAGAGGAGAGAAAAACAACAGAAGUAUUGGGAGAAAACAAUUGCAUCAAUGGAGGAAACCUGGACUUUACAGCAGAUUAGAAAGCAAAGACAACAUGAAUGGGAAAAAGAAAAGGAAAUUGAGGAAAAAGAUUUAAAAGUAAAGGAGAGAAAAGAGAAAGAAGAACAUGAGAGGAAAAUAAUUGAAAAUGAGGCAAAUGAAAAAAUAAGACAGAUGAAGGAACAACUAGAGGCACAAAGAGAGAAAGAGGAGGUAGAAAGAAACAAAAAAGAAGAACAACUCAGAAAGGAAAUGGAGGGACAGCUACAGAAGCAGUUGGAGUCUUUUCGAAAAGAGAGAGAGGAAGAAGAGAUUAUACGGACUGAAGUUGAAAGGAGAAACCUUGAAUUCAUUAUAGAGAUUCACACCAGAGAGAUAGAGAAUCUCAAAACACACGUUGAAGUAAUAGCAAGAAAACAGGCAGAGGAGGAGUUUCAUGCCAAACUUGAUGAAAAGGUAAAAGAGGCAAGAGACAAAGGAUUUGUAGAGGGUUGUGCAGAGGUAGAGGCAGAAAGAACAGCACUGGGCAGAAGAGUAGAUCGAUUUGUUCAUACUGUUUGUAAAAGUUAAAAAGAAAAAAUGUUAAAUUUGUUUACUUUCCAACUGAAGCUUCCCUGAAAAUAAUUUUGGAGUCUGUUUGACUUUGCAUGACCACAAUCUUCAUGACCGAUACUAAAUGUUAUUUUUAUAUACAAUGAGCUGUAUUCAACAU